AUGAUACAUAUGAAUCCAAGUUGGCGUGCAUACCUGCUCCUUAACGGUUCAAAGCAAUACCUGCGGCCAUUGAGCAGUGCUGUGAUUAGCCAGAGCCAAUCUUUGGCCGCUCAGAACACAGCCCCCGUUGCAUUACUGCCACAAAUCAGGUCAUUCCAGACCUCUCCAGUCACUCGUGACAUUGAUUCAGCUGCCAAAUUCAUUGGUGCUGGUGCUGCAACAGUCGGUGUCGCCGGUUCCGGUGCUGGUAUUGGAACAGUGUUCGGUUCCCUCAUCAUCGGUUACGCUAGAAAUCCAUCGUUGAAACAACAGUUGUUCUCAUACGCUAUCUUGGGUUUCGCCUUGUCUGAAGCUAUGGGUCUGUUCUGUCUUAUGAUGGCCUUCUUGCUGCUCUUCGCUUUCUAAAGUGUUUGACAUUAAAAAUUUAUAAACAACAGUAACAGCAGUAACACCAGCUCCACCACUUAUUGUUUUUAAAAAACAUCCAAGAUAAAAACACUUUUAUUUAAGUUUAAAACGAAAAUAAAAAUACUAUGAUAAAAACAAAAAUUUGCAUAAUACGUUAAACUAAAGCGAAAACUAAUAUCGCAAAAAGAAUAUAGCAGCAAGGCAAUUGCAAACGAAAUAUCUGAUAAAAAAAAAUUAGUUAUGCGCCGCAUCGAAAUUAUCUACAGACCGAAUAACAAGCUUGCGAAACCGUCUGCAAUGCUAAAUCGAGGAAGGAGCAUGAAAUAGAUCAGUCACAAUCACGUACAAACGCAUGGUAAAAGAUUCUCCAGCAGCUGACGAAUCAAGUCUAAUUUGCUGAAAAAAUGCAAUGAAUAAUAUCAUAUUCUAAAAACGUGUGCAUACAUAACAUUUAUUAUCUGACUUGUGUAAGCAUACCAUUUAUUUUCCAUGAUCCAUGAUAUGUAUAUAUUUGUGUGUCCUGUGAGCGCUCUCGUUAAACAACAAGGAAUUCAGGAAAUAUUCGGAACAAUCAUGGAAUGGAGCAAAGUUCAAAUGUUCUAAUUUGUUACAUUAAGAUCAGUUUAAUGUAUGUGAUUUGUAUUGAUGAUAAAAGUUCAUAAUGCUGAUAAUUUGAUUGUUUUACAUUCAUAUUUUUGUGUAUGCAAAUCGACAUAUUGUUGCUGCCUACGCAUUUCUUAGAGAAUUAAAAGUACCAAUGGAAAGAAUUGAGUCCUUUAAGCAUAUACAUAUGUACUACUAAACUGCUCAUUUAACUUAACUAUAAUCAUUUAUUCAUAGAUGCAUGGAAGAUUAUGGCAUAAAGUAGGUAUUGAAUAAAAUCAAGAUGGAGUUCAUGAAUGGUCAAACAUAAA